CUCCAGAGUCUCCGACCGACCACUACCCAGCAGAGCACAGCAGAGAGCAGUCGGCCCGUCGUGUCUCUACCCGAGGCCGGAUGGUAAAAUCCAACCUCCAGCGGAUCCUAAACAGUCAUUGCUUUGCUCGCGAGAAAGAAGGAAAACAACUGUCCAUCACUAACAUGGCUGACCUGAGUAGUGGUAUCUGUGACAUGAUUGGGAAUUUGUCCCUGCACUGUAGUAGUACCCGCAGUCCGGGGCCUCUGUGGUGCUCCGAUGCCCCUCUCCCACCCCUGAAGAUCCCAGGUGGGCGAGGGAAUGGCACGCGGGAUCACACUCCUUCAGCUCGGCAACUCUACUCAGACCGAAAGUUGACUGUAACAGAGGAGCCAGCGGGGAACGGUCGCCCUUGGAUACUCCACUUCCAAAUGCCUACCGUUACCAAGACGAUACAGUGGGAUGCUGUCCUGAGCAGCAGCGCACUUUACGUGGAGAUACCUCUUGACCCCCUUCCUGAAGGCAGCAAGGAGAGUUUUGCAGCUCUCUUGGAAUAUGCUGAAGAACAUCUGAAAGUCGUUAGCGUGUUUGUCUGCUUUUACAAGAACAGAGACGAUCGUGCUAAACUGGUGCGUACAUUCAGUUUCCUGGGCUUUGAGAUUGUGAAACCGGGCCAUACCCUCGUCCCACCUCGACCCGACGUUUUCUUUAUGGCCUACAAUUUUGACAGGGACUCCUCGGACGAGGAGUAGCCCUUGGAUAGCCCCUCCCACCCCCCUUUUCCCUUCCCGUUCUGUUUGUUGAUCCCGUCCCAGCUUACAAAUACACACCUCUGUCUGUGUUCCACUUUUCCCUCUGUAUGCAGAUAUUUAUUUCCUCAUGCAUUUUGAAGGGAAUAUGUAAGUUGUGCGUUUCCUUUUUCCACCAUCUAUAUUUCUGUGUUUAUCAAACUGUUUUCAAGGAAGAUUAAAUCAUGCUGUCACCUACAAAGAGGGAAAGAUUUGUUCUUUAAAAUUACAAUCAUUUUGCAGUUGUCAUGGUUAUAAGUUAAGUUCUCAUUUCCAUUCUAAAGUCUGUUUUAAUGACAUUUCCUUUCAUGGUAGAUUAUGGUUGAGGAUAUUUUAUUUCUUGAAUGUACAACAAAAAGGUCAUCAGGUUUACACUCGGGUACUCCAGCUUUCUCUUCAUUGGCAAAGUAAUGACUUAAAAUUCGUCCCAUGUUUUCUUUCUCCCUGAAUCAAAUAAAAAAUGCAUUUCAGUGGGACCAGCUUUAUUUUGUAGCACUAAUAAUCUAUUUAAAGUUUUAGGAAUUUUUAAGGUUACUCCAAUAUUUGGUACUUCAUAGCUGAAUAGUGAAUCCUUUUAGAGUAGCGGAUGCAGCUGCAUGUGUCUGAUAGACGCUUCAGUCUCAGUUAAAGAUCCUAUGACGAUCAAAUCGGUACAAAGUGAAAGGAAAGUUAUUGAUCCAAAGUGCUUUUGCUUUUUAUUUUUUUUUCCUGCCAUGUAUAUCGGACAAUAUAGUCGGAGUUUGAUUUGGAAGUUGAUGAAAAAUGCUGUGAUUGGAUUUUUUGUCUGUUCUGUUUUAUUUGUUUGGAUUAGCAUUCCUUUUAAACGUUGAUUGAGGAUAGUAUUACGUUUUGUUGUUCACCUGCAUAGUGGUACAUGUUGUGCUUCUGUGAUAAUAAAACAAAUAAAAUAAAACUUUA